UAUAAACUUAACGGAUUUUGAGAUUAUCCCUUUACGUUACGGAACAGAGUAACCUCCCGUGAAAACUCUUCUGUAUCAGCAUGUGAAAAAAAUGGAAGAAGGUAAACACGAAGUAAAGGAGGAGGUGGAUAAGGCAAAGAAGCUUUCUGGAUUUGAAUUCUGGAGACGGACCCUGAACUCAGCCAAGUAUGUGGUGGCCCCGAUGGUGGAUGCGAGUGAGUUGGCCUGGAGGAUGCUGAGUCGCAAAUAUGGGGCCCAGCUGUGCUACACCCCCAUGUUCCAUUCCUCUGUGUUUGUCAGGGAUCCUAAUUACCGGAAAGAAGCCAUGCAGACCUGUCCUGAUGAUAGACCGUUAAUUGUACAGUUCUGUGCCAAUGACCCCGAUACCUUUCUGAAGGCUGCCCAGUAUGUUGAAGAUAUUUGUGAUGCAGUGGAUCUUAACCUUGGCUGUCCUCAGACAAUUGCUAAACGAGGUCACUAUGGGGCGUUCUUGGAGGAUGAAUGGGACCUUCUUAAAAAAAUGGUUGCCUUGUGUCAUCAAAAGCUGAAGGUACCCAUCACCUGUAAAAUCCGAGUGUUUGAGUCUAAAGAGAAGACAGUAAUGUACGCUCAGAUGUUGGAGCAGGCAGGCUGUCAGUUGUUGACUGUUCAUGGUCGGACCAAGGAACAGAAGGGGCGGUUCACCGGGCUGGCCGACUGGGACAUCAUUAAACUUGUCAGAGAGAGUGUUUCAAUCCCUGUGUUUGCUAAUGGUAACAUACAGUAUUUACCAGAUGUAGAGAGAUGCAUCGGUCAAACAGGUGUCCAAGGUGUAAUGUCAGCAGAGGGUAACCUUCAUAAUCCUGCUUUGUUUACUGGGGAAAGUCCACCCAUCUGGAAAAUGGCCGAGGAUUACCUGGAACUGGCAGAGAAGUACCCCUGUCCUUUGUCCUACGCCAGAGGUCACAUGUUCAAAAUGCUUCACCACAGCCUGAACGUGCACCCUGAUGUUCGGGAUAUAAUUGCUGUGGGGAAAACGCUGGAAUGUUUCAGACUGGCUACUCUAAAACUCAAAGAAAGAUGUCUGGCAGAUGCAGAGAAGUAUAAAGAGAAUCCAGACCUGUUCCCAUCAGAGUUACCUUUUCCUUACUGGAUUUGUCAACCGUAUGUCCGACCUAAUCCGUACAUCGAAGAUAAAGAAAAGAAGACAGUAAAGCGCCCCCUGGAGGAGAAACUACAGUCUCCGGAGUUUGCUGGCCUGUCCAAAAACAAGGUCAAAAAACUGUUGAGGAAUCCUAUGAAGAAGCUGGGAAGAAACUCGGAGGAAAACUACGAGAAGUGUGUGACCUGCCCUAACAUCAGAGGCAGAAAAUGCUCUUACAUGAUGUGCAAGAAUUGCUGUAAAGAAAAAACCUUCAGAGAAACUCUGGAUUGCAAAGGUCAUAGAAUUGUGCUUCACACAAAGAACUCCAGCAAAGCUGCAUUUGAUCAGAAGAAAAGGGAAAUGGAGGAAAAGAAAGCUGAAAAUGGGCCAAACAAAAUAACUACGGGUAACAUGUGCCAACAUAAAGAAAUGGACUGUACUCAGAGACUGUGCAGUGACUCAGAGGACAAACUCGGGGCGGUGAACUCAGAGAACAGACUGGGAGCGAUGAACUCGGAGGACACUAUGGAGACAGUGGACUCCAGCGAUAGGAAUUGUGGUUCAGGGGACAUCACUCUUACAUGUGGUGACAUUACAGAAACAGAUGACACAAGUUUUAAAGAAGGAAUGAGCUGAUAUUUUAUAUAUGCCUGGCUGUAUUUUUGUAGCAUUGUACUGUAAAUCUUGUUAUCAUUAAAAAUUUUAAUACAAUCAUGUAUCUUUAUUAUG